UGGCGCUGGAGGGGCGUCUGGCGUCGGGCGUCGGGCCGAGGCGGCGAGUUGGCCGCACCUCGGCGCCGGGUCUGGCCCCGCACUUUGAGGGACCCUGUCCACCGAGGAGGAGCGGGGACUCUUCGCGGCCGCUCUCUCCGGUCUCGUGGCUCUACCGGGAGACCUCUUAUUUCCCCAGGGUCCCAAGCUUGACACUCCUUCUCGGUCCUCCUGCACCUUUUUUGCUGCCUGCGGCGUGAGCGGGCGCUGAGACUCGCCAGACGUGGCUGGCGGGGCGGACACCCCUGCCGUAGGACUCUGUCCCUCAGCCUCAAUGCCUCCGCGAACAAAGUUGAGUGGGUGUGGGUGGUUGGAGCUGUGGAGGUGUCCUCCGGGGGCGAGUGCGGCCAGAACACCCGUCACGGUUAAGUUUCCUGCGCKCACGUUGCAAGGACCGUGUGAGAGUAUGGUAUAAUUUGGUUUCCUGAGAUUCUGUCUUAGCAAGAAAGAAGUGGGAAAUACUCCUCAAAAAAGAACUAAAACCAUAAUAAAGCCACAAUUUAUUAUUACAUGGUUGUCAGCUUAUUUACCAAGAUGGACACUUUUCCCAACAUUUUUCCAACUGGUGGAGACACUGGACUAAAUUCUGAAUCUGAGUUCCAAAAAAUGUUAAUUGAUGAAAGGUUACGAUGUGACCAUCAUAAAACUAAUUAUCAGACUCUCAAAGUUGAACACACAAGAUUGCAGGGUGAAUACAUAAAAUCACAAAAUGAACUCAAGCGCUUGUUAAAUGAAAAGGAAACAAACCAGGAAAAAUUCCAGCUACUGCUUGAAGAGCUAAAAGGGGAAUUAGUAGAGAAAACUAAAGAUUUAGAAGAAAUAAAACUGCAGGUUUUAACGCCACAAAAAUUGGAAUUGUUAAGAGCCCAAAUACAACAAGAAUUAGAAACUCCAAUGAGAGAACGUUUACGGAAUCUGGAUGAAGAAGUGGAGAAGUAUAGAGCUGAAUAUAAUAAGCUUCGCUAUGAACAUACAUUUCUCAAGUCAGAAUUUGAACACCAGAAAGAAGAAUUUGCACGCAUUUCAGAAGAGGAAAAAAUAAAAUAUGAAUCAGAGAUUGCAAGACUGGAGAAAGAUAAAGAAGAACUACAUAACCAGCUGUUUAGCGUUGAUCUUACAAGAGACACCAAACGAAUGGAGCAACUUGUACGAGAAAAAGUCCAUUUGUCUCAGAAAUUAAAAGGUUUAGAGGCUGAAGUAGCAGAAUUAAGGGCUGAAAAAGAGAAUUCUGGUGCUCAGAUAGAAAAUGUCCAAAGAAUACAGGUGCGACAGUUGGCUGAGAUGCAGGCUACAGUUAGGUCUCUGGAGGCUGAAAAACAGUCAGCUAAGCUACAGGCUGAACGUUUGGAAAAAGAGCUACAAUCAAGCAAUGAACAAAAUACUUUUUUAACCAGUAAAUUGCAUAAAGCUGACCGAGAAAUAAAUACAUUGACCAGUAAGGUAAAAGAACUUAAACAUUCAAACAAACUAGAAAUAACAGACAUCAAACUGGAGGCAGCAAGAGCUAAAAGUGAGCUAGAAAGAGAAAAGAAUAAGAUUCAAAGUGAAUUGGACGGAUUACAGUCAGACAAUGAAAUCCUCAAAUCAGCUGUUGAAUACCACAAAGUGCUAUUAGUAGAAAAGGAUCGUGAAUUAAUACGUAAAGUACAAACUGCCAAGGAAGAAGGUUAUCAAAAACUUGUAGUAUUACAAGGUGAAAAGCUAGAACUUGAGAACAGAUUAGCAGAUUUGGAGAAAAUGAAAUUGGAACAUGACGUCUGGAGGCAAUCUGAAAAGGAUCAGUGUGAAGAGAAAUUGCGGGCAUCACAGAUGGCAGAAGAAUCGGCCAGAAGGGAACUUCAGAGUAUCAGUGUGGUUUUGGUGCAAGUGGCUGGAUCUCAUUUGCUGGUAUUACUAGAGUCAAGCCUCUGGUACAGGAUUCUGUUAACAGUCUCAGAGUUAAAACUUCAACAACAAAUUGUGAAUAUUGAAACUGCAGAGAAAGAAAAAAGUGAAAAUUCUGAUCUGAAACAGCAAAUCAGUAGCUUGCAGAUCCAGGUGACCUCACUGGCACAGUCAGAGAAUGACUUGCUGAAUUCAAACCRAAUGCUGAAGGAAAUGGUGGAGAGAUUAAAACAAGAAUGCCGAAAUUUAAGAAGCCAAGCUGAAAAAGUGCAAGUAGAAGCUGAAAAGACAUUGGAAGAAAAACAAAUACUGUGGUUGGAAGAAAAGCAUAAGCUUCAUGCACGUAUCACAGACAGAGAAGAAAAGUAUAAUCAAGCUAAAGAGAAACUACAGCGUGCUGCCAUUGCUCAGAAAAAGAGAAAAUCUCUUCAUGAAAACAAAUUGAGGAGAUUGCAAGAGAAAGUAGAAGUCUUGGAGGCAAAGAAAGAAGAAUUAGAAACAGAAAAUCAGGUGUUAAAUAGACAAAAUGUUCCAUUUGAAGAAUAUACAAGGCUUCAAAAAAGACUAAAAGAUAUACAGAGACGACAUAAUGAAUUUCGAAGUCUUAUUUUGGUUCCUAACAUGCCUCCAACAGCAUCUGUCAAUCCUGUUAGCAUACAGUCAUCAGCCAUGGUUCCAGGCAUGGAACUGUCCUUUCCUCCACAUAUGCAGUUUCUUUCACUGUGCUUUCCUACAUCAUUUUUAAGGAGGAACAGCAUCAAAGGGAACUCUCGCUACUUCGAAAAAGACUGGAAGAACUAGAAACAACACAAAGAAAACAACUAGAAGAACUAGGAUCUCCUGGGGAAUGAUGUUCUUGGAUAAAAGGCAGAUCAAAAGGGGUGAAAUAAAGAGACUCAAUAAAGCAUGCAGUUUUAAUGUACAUGGCAUUGAUAUACUUUAUUACUGUUUGCCAAAAUACUUAAAUGUGCCUCUAGAAAAGGUAUCAGCUACAUGCUGCAUUGCAUGAUAUUCAGAUUUUCCGAUUAUACUGAUGACUAAUAAAGCAUUAAAAGAAAGUUUCAGAGAUAUUUUACAAUAUAUAAUAUCUGAAUAUAAAAAUAAAUAAUAAA